CCUUACAGGGCUUUUCAGAACUCUGGGGGGGGCAUAUGUUUGCCUCUGGGAGCAAGUCUGAGAUCCAAAUGCAUUUCCAAGUGGGAGACUGUUAGGACAUCUCAGACUUGUCUGAGUGGCACAGUUCCUGUGGUGGUGUCUGCUGGGCAGGUCCAUCACUGCAGAGCUGACUUCUCCUUGCCUUCCCAGUCUUAUUCCUUGGGAAGCCCUGGGUGGCCCUAGUGACUGCAGCCAAAGGGUUGGAGGUGCCUUAUUGCUGCGAAUAGUGGGGGCUGGCAGAAGAACCACCUUUAUCUCACAGCUGUCUGUCCUCAGCUCCUGACUGCUUGCAGCCCUGUGCAGUCUAGAAGGAAGACUGAGAAUCACCUUGUUUGGACUCCACAGCCUGAAGCAGAUGAGGAAAGAGGCUGGUAAGCAUUAUGAGGAAGAAGAGGAGGAUGCUCUACCUGACUCAGAUGCCCUGCCAGACUCAGAUGACGAGGUGGAAUCGGAUAAGCCGCGCCCCAUACAGAUUGUCCUUGCUCACGAAGAUGACCAUAACUUUGAAUUAGAUGAAGCAGCAUUGGAAAAGAUCUUGCUUCAGGAACACAUUAAAGAUCUUAACAUAGUAGUUGUGUCUGUAGCAGGAGCUUUCCGCAAAGGAAAAUCUUUUCUGCUGGACUUCAUGCUUAGAUACAUGUAUAACAGGACUUCUCCUUGCUGGAUAGGUGGAAACAAUGAGCCAUUGACUGGGUUUACAUGGAGAGGUGGAUGUGAACGGGAAACCACUGGCAUUCAGAUUUGGAGUGAAGUGUUUGUAAUUGAUAAACCUAAUGGAACAAAGGUUGCUGUACUACUCAUGGAUACCCAAGGUGCCUUUGAUAGCCAAUCCACUAUCAAAGACUGUGCAACGGUUUUUGCUCUGAGCACCAUGACAAGUUCUGUCCAGGUAUAUAACUUGUCUCAGAAUAUUCAGGAAGAUGACCUUCAACAUUUGCAGUUGUUUACAGAAUAUGGAAGACUAGCUAUGGAAGAAAUUUACCAAAAGCCGUUUCAGACAUUAAUGUUCUUAAUUAGAGAUUGGAGUUAUCCUUAUGAACAUGCAUACGGCUUGGAAGGAGGAAAAAAAUUCCUAGAGAAAAGAUUGCAGGUAAAGCAAAACCAACACGAAGAGCUACAGAAUGUAAGGAAGCAUAUUCACUCCUGUUUCAGUAAUCUUGGGUGUUUCCUGUUGCCCCACCCUGGUCUUAAAGUUGCAACAAAUCCAAAUUUUGAUGGGAGAUUGAAUGAUAUAGAUGAGGAAUUUAAGAAUGAACUGCGGAAUCUGGUACCAUUACUGCUUGCCCCUGAAAACUUGGUAGAAAAAGAGAUUAGUGGAUCCAAGGUCACCUGUAGAGAUCUGGUAGAAUACUUCAAGGCUUACAUUAAAAUCUAUCAAGGAGAGGAGCUACCUCAUCCGAAAUCUAUGCUACAGGCAACGGCUGAGGCGAACAAUCUUGCUGCUGUGGCAGGAGCGAAAGACUUGUACAGUAAAGGCAUGGAGCAGAUUUGUGGGGGAGAUAAGCCUUACAUUGCCCCAUCGGACCUCGAGCGGAAGCACCAGGAUUUCAGAGAGACUGCUAUCAGGCAGUUCCGCUCCGUGAAGAAGAUGGGAGGGGAGGAGUUCUGUCGGCGCUACCAGGAACAACUUGAAGUGGAAAUCGAUGAGAUCUAUGCAAACUUUGUGAAGCACAACGAUGGCAAAAACAUCUUUUAUGCUGCUCGUACCCCUGCCACUCUAUUUGCAGUCAUGUUUGCCAUGUACAUAAUCUCAGGACUGACUGGGUUCCUCGGUAUGAACUCCAUAGCUACCCUGUGUAAUCUCGUGCUGGGGAUGGCUCUUAUAUCGUUUUGUACGUGGGCAUACGUUAAGUACUCUGGGGAAUUCAGAGAAGUUGGAACAGCCAUCGAUCAGAUUGCUGAAGCUAUAUGGGAACAGAGGAAUCCCAGGAAGGUGUUGAAGCCCAUGAGUGAUAAUUUGAUGGAGGAUCAUAUGAGACAGUCUGUAAAAAACUCUAUCAAAGCAGGCCUGACCGAGCAGGUGGCUCACCAUGCCAGACUAAAGACAGACUGACAGUUCGUCUCCUCUUCAACUCUACCCUCUCAUCCUAGACAUGCUUGCUGUACCAUGAGAACUCAAUAAUAAAAAAUAAAUAAAAAUAAACCAAAGUUUACAAUCAA